AUGGCCUCCGAUGCAUCGGGUGAGCCCACUUUGGUGGCGCCGCAUCACGCGGCAGCAUUCGUGCGAGCUGGUUUACUCCAGCAGCGCAAAUUUCGGAGAGUUGGACCCCUGCCUCAGACACAGCCGCCUGGCACAGCGUCGGGACGACCGCCGGCCGCGGCUGGGGGGGGGAGAGGCCAGGUUGGCACACCAGAGAAGGAACCAGAACCGGACCCGCCCGAUCUCCCGGACUUGAUGUCCGCGGACGAUGAGGAUGAUGAGAAGACAGAUUGGGGCUUGGGGGGGCGAGAUGAUCUUACGCCUGAGCAAAAACAGGCUCUGGAGGACUUGCUGGACGAGUUUCGUGACGUGCAAGCAUUUGACAUGUCCGAGAUGUCCACGGUCAUUGGGGAGAAGUUCACAAUUCCCGUGACGGAUGAUACGCCGAUCUUCAAACGGCAGUACCGGCUAGCCUACGCCGAGGUAGAUACUUUGAAGGAGCAGGUCGAAGAGCGCCUGAAGUGCGGCUUUAUCCGACGCUCCACGUCUCCAUGGGCCUCGCCUACAACCAUGCCGCCGAAGAAAGACGAGCACGGCAAUUGGACGUUGAAGCGACCAUGCGGGGACUAUCGCGCGCUGAACAAGGUCAGCACCCCUGAUCACUACCAGCUGCCGACCCCUGAGGAAAUCUUUGAUGAGCUGGAGACCUCGACCUGGUUUACCACGCUUGACCUGCGUUGGGGCUACCACCAGGUGGCCAUCGCAGAAGAGGACGUCUGCAAGACGGCGUUCUGGGGCCACGACGGCCUGUACGAGUGGGUUGUCAUGCCGUUUGGGCUGAAAAACGCCCCUGCCUUCUUUCAGAGGCUGAUGGACACCACACUGAGUGCGCAGCGCGCGUUCUGCCGCUGUUACAUCGACGACGUGAUCAUUCACAGCAAGUCGUUCGAGGAGCACCUGACACAUCUGCGCGCCGUGUUCGAGCGGCUGCGCGCGAAGCGGAUCAAGUGCCACCCGAAGAAGAUGAGGUUGGCCGUUCGCACCGUGUCUUACCUGGGCCACUACAUCGUGCCUGGCGGAACCGCCCCGCAGGACGUGAAGGUAGAGGCCAUCGUGCGGAUGAUUCCGCCGAGGGACACCUCGGAGUUGCGCGCCUUUCUAGGCACGACGAAUUACUACCGGAGAUACGUCCAGAACUACGCCCGCAUCGCCUUUUCCCUGAACCGACUGCUUCAGAACGGCGUUGCCUGGCAGUGGAACACUGAGGAACAGGAGGCUCUCGAGCAACUGAAGCUCAAGCUGACUGAGGCGCCCAUCUUGAGGCGGCCUGACUUUACCCGACCCUUUGAGCUGCACACCGACUGGAGCGCUACUGGGCUCGGCGCUGUUCUCGCACAGCGUGACGAUGAGAUGAAGGAAUACGUGAUCGCAUACGCGUCACGGAGCAACAACCGCACGGAGCGAAACUACUCCAGCUACCACGGAGAGUGCUUAGCUGCCGUCUGGGGUGUGUGCUACUUCCGCGUGUACCUCUACGGGAGGCCGUUCACACUGAUCACAGACCACGAGCCGUUGCAGUGGCUGAUGACGAACACGAGGCUCACGGGCAUGCACGCCCGUUGGGCGAACAUCCUGCAGGAGUACGAUGUCAAAAUCGUGCACCGCAGUGGAGUGAAGAACUUGGAUGCGGACGGUCUCUCGCGGAACCCGCUCCCCGAAACCGAUGAUUGGACGGACGCGAGGAUGGACCACGUGAGUUCUGAGCUGCCGUCGGCCGUCUCGGCUUGCCUUGCCAUCUUGGCCGGCACCUUGAACGAGCCAGAGGAUCCAGCCCUGACGGAGCUGAUUUACGGUGCGGCCGACAUGCCGGCACCCGGAGGAAGCCUGGCCGACACGCCAGAAGAAAGCCCUGUACAGACACAGGCACGAAGCCCUGCAGAGUCGCAGGCACUUGCGAUCGUGGCGCCCCUGCGUGAGGCCGCCGACGAUGAUGUGGACUUGCCGGUCAGGUUCGACCGCGAGAUUUGGGAGGACGCCCCCGUGAUGGCGUACCUCGAGGCUGGCGUGUACGCAAACAGCGUGACACCGAAGCAGAAGGAUCGCAUCUGGCACCGAGCCCGGAGCUAUCAGCUGAAGGAUGGCGUCCUCAGAAAACGCUUCGCAGACGGCACGACAAAGAUUGUCCCCCGUCCAGAACUGCGCGCGAACCUGAUUCGCCGUGUGCACCAGGAUGUCGGCCACUACGGCGUCCUGAAGACGUAUUCGCUACUGAGCCCCACAUACUGGUGGGUUGGGAUGUAUGGUCAGGUCCAGCGCGAGGUCGCGGCCUGCACCGUGUGCGAUCGGGUCAAGGCGACGUUCGACGUCAAGGACCCUGAGCUGAAGCCCCUGCCUAUCAUGGGCAUGUUCUACAGAUGGGGCGUGGAUCUUUGCAAGAUGCCACAGAUAUCUGAUGACGGCAACCGCUACGUCGUCGUCAUGGUCGAGCACUUCACCAAAUGGAUUGAGCUCCGUGCUAUUCCGGCCAAGGAGGCCAAGCACGUCGCAGCAGCUUUCCGAGAUGUUCUGACACGUUUCGGAGCA